AUGACUCCUCUAACUCCGAAUCCACCAGGUCCUAAGUCCUUGCUACAAGGUCAAAACCAAUCCUUUGAUGUUUCUCCUGUUAAACAGGACUGUCCUGUGUUGUUUAAUUUUCUUGAUCAGUUUCAGGAAAAUCAUGAUCCUAAGGAACAUAAGCUGGUAUCUCAUUAUGGUGGAUCAUCAUCAUCAACCAAUCAUCAACAACCCUACAAUUCAUCGAGUGAUUCAGCUAUGGUUGAUCAAAGCAUUGCGCGUGACACAAAUUUAUCAUCAUCCAUGGAGGUGGAAGAUAGCAGCAAAAGAAAUGAUCCAUUGGAAGAGAAAUGGAAGUCUUCAAAGAUGAGGUUGAUGAAAAUAUUGAUGAUACCACAAAGCAGUUAUGGUGCAGCCACAAAUGAAGACAAAGCAAUUAUCAAUACAACUGCUAGUGAUGCCACAACUCCAUCAAAUGGAGGAAUUCAAAAUGAUAUGUACAACCAAGGAAGCCCUACUGCUAGGGUUUGUGUUGAGUGUCAAGCUACCUCUACCCCACUUUGGAGGAGUGGCCCUAAGGGUCCUAAGUCACUUUGCAAUGCUUGUGGAAUUAGACAAAGGAAGGCAAGAAGGGCUGUGGCAGAAGCUGGAAGUAGUUGGGUGACUUCCACAAAGAUUAGAGGACUUGACAAUGAAAAAGAAAAGAAACUUGUUGUGAACAAAUGUACACAAUUCAAGAAGAAGAAUAAGAAUACUUCAACUUCACCUACUGCUGCUACUACGACUACUACGGGUAGUAGCUCAUCUGAUGAGAUGACGGAGAGACUUAAUUUUUUCUUAUUAAAGGUGAGAAAAAAAUCGGGUUACGAGGAUACUACUGAGGAAGUAGCUGAUACGGCAUUACUUCUAAUGGAUAUAUCUUCUGGUUAUGUUUACCCUUAA